AUGCAGAGAUCUACGCUAAAAGCGGUUGUAAAUCGCUCUACAAAUCAGAGAUCAAGGGCGAGAUUCGAUGACUCAUAUCUCAAUGCAGUAUUGAGACAUAAUUCAGUGGCAAAUAUUGAAUUUUCGGAAACCUCAGAGGAAAAGAGUUUCCAGAAGAUGUAUGGUUUCGAUAUUUCGUUAAAACCGGGACCUAACAACAUUAUGAUCGAUAGACUCUAUAACCGUAGAAAAUCGAUUGAAACUAGGAAUGAGAGGUCAGAAUCAGAUUUUGAGGACAUUAAUAUGUAUCCUAUAAAAAAUUUUUUCCUGGACCAAGAAGCUGAAAACGAUAGACAUUUGCUACCUGUUCGACAAGAAGAGAAACAUGAACUCAACAAUGAUCUUAUUGGUCACUAUUCAGAGAUUGAUCAUGAAGAAUACCAUCAUUGCGAACCUGUGAUACCUGACAAUAUUGUUUGGCCAGGUCAAAAAAUCGAGCCAAUUCCAGUGAACAACCUAUUUCGAGAAGGAUCCACCGUAUACGACGUUACUGUUGUGUCCAUUGAGGAUCCGUCGAAAUUUUGGAUUGCAAUAAACUACCCUGAAUUGGAGGAAUCCUCAAAAGAGAUGAAGAAAUUCUAUAGGGCAAAUACAGCUGCAUAUGUCAUUCCCGUUAAUUUAUUAAUUAAAAACUUGUACUGUGUAGCUGAAUUGGAUGGAGUUUACUUUCGAGCAGUCAUAGUCGAUUGUAGAAAAGUUGCCAAAAAAGUAAAACUUUUCUUCAUUGAUUUUGGGAUAGCACGAAAAGUAGACUGUGGGAAGAUUUUCUUUAUGAGGCAGUGUUACAGUAAACUCCCAGCUCAAGCUAUCAGAACAAGACUUUCUGAUGUUCAGCCUCCAUACGAAGCUAUGCAGUGGUCAGAUGAAGCAUGCCGAAAUUUUAUCAAUUUAGCCUUGCUUCAGGAUUUCAAGGUGGAGAUCGAUGAAAUUGACAGAUUCCAAAACGUCAUCAAUGUAAGAUUGAUUAAUCAUCACGACGUACCAAUGAAGAUGAUUUUGGUCAAUGAUGGACAUGCGAUUUACAAAAGUAUGACGCAACGGAAAACAGUUCUCGACCAGAAUUCGAGGAUUAAAGUAAGCUGGUUUCAUCAUUUCCCAACAUUCCAAGAGUUGGAAAGUUGCAGUGUUCCAUGGCGCUUUGAAAGUCAUAAAUAUGAGAGCUCAGGGUUGACCACAGAUUAUUUGUAUCCGCAAUAUUUCGAGAGGAAAAAGACCACAAAGCUUCUCAAGAAAAUUGAGGAGAUGAACAAGCUUGCGUAUGAGGAUUUGAAUGUUCCUAGCACGCCUACUAAAAUUGAAAAAGGUAUAAAGCGUUCGGUUAAGGAGGAAGAACAGGAAAAGUUCACUGAGGAAUUCCUUCGGAGAAUGAAAAUUCAUUCGGAGAAUGAACAUUGA